ACUACUAUAAAGAACCAGGAUGACGAGCUGUGGUUUAGUCUUGCAGACAAAGACUGGCUGUGCACUGAGGAGAGCAUAAACAUUUAGACAGAAUGUUUUUCUUUGCCUUCUUGACUCUUCUCGCAACCUGUGCUGCGACUGAAUUCCUGCCCCUGUACUCGUACUCUACAUCAGUGGGGUCGGGCAGCGGCAGCUCAUACUCCAUAACCGGCCAGGGAAGAAUCACUGCCGUCAGAGUCUGGGAGUACUAUUAUGGCCACAUAUAUGGCGUCCAGUUCAGAUAUGGAUACUCGUGGUCUAGCGUUGCUGGCUACAUAUAUGGAGCCCCCCUGGAAAUGGAGCUGUACGACGGUGAAGCCAUCAUCCAGAUUUCUGGAAAGUACGCUCACUACCUGCAGUCCAUAAUUUUCGUCACAAACCGAGGUCGCUCCCUGCAAGCCGGGCAGCCUUCAGGCUCUUCCUUCAACAUGUACCCCGAACACGAGGGGACGGAGCUGGUCUUCAUCAGCGGACAGGUGCACGGAGGCCUCACCGGUCUGGGAGCCCACUGGGCGGUGGUGGAUCCCACCUUCAACACCACUGCAGCACACUAAGUCGCAAACUUUUAAAAUUUUUGGAUUUAAUCCAAGAGAUGGCCUUUAACCUUGUGUGGAGAUGAUUUUUAUUCAGAUAUAUACUCACGUAAAAAUGUAAAAAGAAUCAGUAAUUUCUUAGCUCCAUUUUGUCCCAAAAUGUAAAGCGUGGUUGUUUGAAUAAAUUGUAAAAAGUG